CCCGCUGAUUCUGCUCCUGGGUUAACAAUCAAGAUGGUACAUGCUGAAGCCUUUUCUCGUCCUUUGAGUCGGAAUGAAGUUGUUGGUUUAAUUUUCCGUUUGACAAUAUUUGGUGCAGUAACAUACUUUACUAUCAAAUGGAUGGUAGAUGCAAUUGAUCCGACCAGAAAGCAAAAAGUAGAAGCUCAGAAACAGGCAGAAAAACUAAUGAAGCAAAUUGGUGUGAAAAAUGUGAAGCUCUCAGAACAUGAAAUGAUUAUUGCUGCUCAUCUAGUAGACCCUCUGAAUAUGCAUGUUACUUGGAGUGAUAUAGCAGGUUUAGAUGAUGUCAUUACAGAUCUGAAAGACACAGUCAUCUUACCUAUCAAAAAGAAACAUUUGUUUGGGAAUUCCAGGCUUCUGCAGCCUCCAAAAGGUGUUCUUCUCUAUGGGCCUCCAGGCUGUGGUAAAACGUUGAUUGCCAAGGCCACAGCCAAAGAAGCAGGCUGUUGAUUUAUUAACCUUCAGCCUUCAACACUGACUGAUAAGUGGUAUGGAGAAUCUCAAAAAUUGGCUGCUGCUGUCUUCUCCCUUGCCAUAAAGCUACAACCAUCCAUCAUCUUUAUAGAUGAAAUAGACUCCUUUCUACGAAACCGUUCAAGUUCUGACCAUGAAGCUACAGCCAUGAUGAAAGCUCAGUUUAUGAGUCUCUGGGAUGGAUUGGAUAUUGAUCACAGCUGCCAGGUCAUAGUAAUGGGAGCUACCAAUCGUCCUCAGGACCCUGACUCGGCUAUAAUGAGAAGAAUGCCUACAAGAUUUCAUAUCAACCAGCCUGCUUUAAAACAGAGAGAAGCAAUCCUGAAACUCAUCUUGAAAAAUGAAAAUGUGGACAGGCAUGUAGACCCACUGGAAGUUGCCCAGGAAACAGAUGGGUUUUCAGGAAGUGACCUAAAAGAGAUGUGUCGAGAUGCUGCCCUCCUCUGUGUUAGGGAAUAUGUUAAUUCUACAGCAGAAGAAAGCCACGGUGAAGAUGAAAUCCAGCCUGUUCAACAGCAGGACCUGCAUCGGGCAAUUGAAAAGAUGAAGAAAUCAAAGGAUGCAGCAUUUCAGAAUGCUUUAACACAUGUUUGUUUAGAUUAAGAGUAAAGAUCAUUUGUACAGUUCAAA